AUGCCAGUCGUCGCCACAGUCGACUUUGCGACGAGUCGACGAGCGGCGUACGGUCUCGUGCUGACGGCGCACAAUCGAGCUUCCUCUCUCGGCGUGACUCUUCCUUCUCUCCUCAGCUCUAUCGCCGGCGAAUGGGAGAUGGCGGUUGUGCUCGACGACUGGCAUGGCUCCGCUGGCUUCCUCCACCGGUACGUUGUCUUCGAAACCGCGCCCCGUGCACCUCCUCUUUUCGAGACGGCGUCGGAAAACCUCGGGAUGCGGCUUCUCGACCCCACAUUUGCCUUUCUCCUCGUGCAGAGUGACGUCAUGGCCCACGAGCCCGGCUGGAACCUCUGGCUCGCCGCCGCAAUGGCCGCGGACCGGAGCGUGACCACCGUCUCAGGGCGCUGUGCGAUGCCCGGCCAGCGCUCGCACAACCGCUGGUGUGCUGGCAACGGCCGCAAGGAGCGCGGCCGUGUCCCCGUCGCUAAGCAGGCGGUCGCCUUCCGGGGACUCACGCCGCGAGGGCCGCUGCUGCUACGGGCGAGCGCGGCGCGAGCCCUCGGCUACCUCGACGAGGGCUGCUUCCACAUGGGCGCCGACGACUUUGACCUGGAGGCGCGCGCUUACAACUUCUUCGGCUGGCAGGCUGCGUAUGUCUACAUCGACGUCCACCAGCCGCCGAACCUGCAUCAGUGGCAGGUUGCCCGCAAGGGCAAGCAGAUCUCGCAGGCCGACGCCCUCAAGAAGGCAGAAAAGCCGCGUCACUCUCUCUGGCGGUCCGAAGGCCUGCCGAGGGGCUCGCCAGGCAGGGCCCACGGCCGGAGGUGUCCCAGUUUCAACAUGACAAAGCAGUGGGAGAACCUCCAGCCGAGCGAGCGGGCGCCCUUCCGCAUCAACACCUCGUGGCUGCGAGCCGCCUUCGCCGAGAAGGCGGGCGGGUGCGGCGGGUCGAUCCCCGCCUCGGUAGAGCAGGUCAUUAAUCGAGAACCGCAGUAA